AUGGCUGGCGAAACGCAAGAGCUGCUUGUGCAGGCCAGCCCAAGGCGAAUGCCAGCCUUCUAUGACUUCAAACCAAGGCACAUCACCCUGCUUGGCUAUAAGAUGAACAACGGUCUGGAGCCAGGUUUAGUGGAGCACCAUGACAUGUUCUUACUCUUCUUCCCGCGGCUGUUGUUGAUCAACGGCGGCGUCGGGGAUCUGCGAGUGGGGGGUCGAGCAGCAUCCAGGCUGUCAGAUCCAGCCAGCUCGGCCUGUGUCCCCCGAAAGAUUGCCGACACAACAGGGCCGGUUAUGAUCCAGGAGCCCCACCCGCUCCGCUCCCCAAGCCCACACAUCGUGGCCCCACCAACGAGUGAUCCCUCUGACCGGACCUCGGUGGACCCGAUCCCCAACAGCGUCCGCCGAUGUGCCCGUCAUUGUGCUCGUCGAUUGGAGAGCCGACGGGCCCUGUGA